AUGUCAUAUAUUGCUGAUAUUUAUGUUCUUAUCCAUUGUAUAUUUCUUGUGACAGGUGUGACAGGCAAUAGUUUUAUCCUGAUAGUUCACUUAACAGACUGGCUACGGACCCAUGAUCAUAACCCUUGUAAUCUUAUCCUCAAUGGCAUAGGAAUUUCCAACCUGCUUCUUCAAGGAUCUGUUGUCUUUCAAGAGAUAACUUUCUUCUUAUAUCCUGACUACUACUUUGAGGAUUGGGUUAUCUACAUGGUUAUAGCAUUGCAAGCUACGUACUCAUUCUCAAGUCUCUGGUGCUCCACCUGUCUAUGUUUCUACUACUUUGUGAAGAUUGUUAAUCUUCGAGGAACAUUAUUUUACAAGCUGAAGGCAAAGCUUUCCACAUUGGUGCCCUGGCUGCUAGUUUUCUCUGUGAUCCUGUCCUGGUUUGCCGGGAUGCCAGCUUACUGGGAUUUAUACUUGGACAUUUCAUUAUCUACACUCAAUAUUACAGGAAACCUAACAACACUGGUGUCUGCUAAAUACAGUAGUAGAUGCAACUGUUUGUUUCAAGUGUUCAAUGUUGUUGCUUCGGCUGCUUUUAUUAUCAUUUUCUUAACAGCCGGGGCCAUCAUCGCCUCUCUGUGUAAGCACAUGCUACGGAUGAAACAGAACAGCGAUGGUCCUGGACAUUCUAAAAUACGUUCUCACCUAUCAGCAGCUAAAACUGUGACUUUACUACUUAUAUUCUACUUGAUUUUCUACAGCUCUUUUACUGUAAUAUACAAUCCGGUGGGCUUUCCGGAUGACUUAACAAUGACUUUUUGUCUAAUUAUCGUUUCCUUUUUUCCUACAGUCAAUUCUGUUAUUUUAAUUUUUGGAAACAGAAAACUGACAAAUAUUUUGAAAAAACUCCUCGGUAUGCAGCCUAGUGUUGGAAACACAGAAGUCACUGUAACAACUAGUUAG